CCAGCUGGAAGCAUGAGGUGAAAAUGUCAGAUCAUCAUCAUGUCUGCUGGAGGAGAGAAAUCCAAGACUGCUUCCCAGACUGAUGGGAAGGCAGCUCAGAACAAGAUGUCUGAGAUGGGCAUGAUGUCCUACAAGAUGUGUGUGUUCGAUCAGGAGAACUUCCAGGGUCGCAUGAUCGAGAUCACCAACGAGUGCAUGAACGUGUGCGACAUGGGGAUGGACAAGGUGCGCUCCCUGCGUGUCGACUGUGGGCCUUUCGUGGGCUUCGAGCAGAUGAACUUCUGUGGUGAGAUGUUCAUCCUGGAGAAGGGCGAGUAUCCCCGUUGGGACUCCUGGAGCAACUGUCAGAAGAACGACUACCUGCUGUCCUUCAGGCCUGUGCGCAUGGACCCUGAGAAGCACAAGAUCUGCCUGUUUGAGGUCGGAGAGUUCAAGGGACGCAAGAUGGAGAUCAUGGACGACGACGUUCCCAGCCUGUUUUCUUAUGGAUUCACCGACAGGGUGGGCAGCAUCAUGGUCAGCUGUGGAACUUGGGUGGGUUACCAGUUCCCCGGCUACCGUGGCAGCCAGUUCCUGCUGGAGAAGGGCGAGUUCAGGCAUUUCAAUGAGUUCGGCGCCCGCUGCCCCCAGAUGCAGUCCAUCAGGCGCAUCCGCGACAUGCAGUGGCACCCACACGGCUGCUACACCAUGAGCUCCAAGUGAAGCCCGGCGAGGGCGAGGAAGAGAGGGACCGGAGGAGAGGCGGAGGCCGAGGGCGGACGAAGAGAUGGAGGAGGGAGGGCGAGGAAGGAGAGGAAGAGGGUUUAAUAUCCCCUCCUCUGUCCCAAAACCUCUUGGUGGCUUGAGUGCAGGAUGGAGGGAGUACAGAAGGUUAUUUAUAGAGUAGUGGCCAAUGAAAAGUUAUGCAAAGUUUGAGGAGGAUAAUAACCUCCGAGACCGCACCUGAUAAUAAACGCUCUCUCCAUUUUUGUUCUUCCUCUCUCAACGUCUCCGUUCGUCAGCUCCCGGCGCUUGCUCUCCUCUCUCUCCUCCCCUCCCUCCCUGUCUCCCCCUCACAUGCUUCUCCUCCACAUCUCGCCAACGUCAGCCCUCACUCAACCCAUCAGAGCCUGACUGAAGGGGGGGAGGAAGAGGGCGUACCGGUGUGGAUUUUUUGUUUUGUUUGUGUGACGAGGGAACUGAGACAGAGAGAAAAAAACCGCAACAAGACAAACAGUGGUUGAUUCUUUGUGCUCAGAUCCUGCAGCCUCAUCAACCCUAAACCCCAAUAAAAGCAUCUCACAUCCUG